AUGUUGCCAAAGAAACAUUUGUCUGGAGCUCAAAAAAGAAAAAAAAGAAAACAAGAUGAAUUGUUUGUUGAAUCGCAGAGAUGUGCUUUAGACAAGUUCUUUUCAGUUUCUAGCAAUGUUAAUGUUAAUGAAGAUCAAGGGCAGGAAUCUGGUCAUGAACAGGAACACUAUCAUAAUUUAGCUGCAGAAGUUGAGGUCAAUGAAGAUGCUACAGCUCCAGGGGAACAAAGUUUAAUAGCAGAAGUUGAGAUCAAUAAGGAAAACAGUAAUGAGGAAAAUUUGCAUACGAAAAAUCCAAAUGGUACGGCUUCAGGGGAACCUUCUUUACAUACUGAAAAUUUAGAUGGCCUUUUAUCUAUCUUUGAUCCUAGUACAUGGGAGAAUCUUGACAAUGUCAAAAGGGAUUUGUUAAUUGAAAAGGGACCGGUGAGAGAAUUGAAUCUGGAAUUCCCUAAAGAUGCUAUUGGUAGACAUUUUUCAUAUGCUUUCUACUCUAGGAAGUUACCUAACAAUGAGGUUGUUGAUAGAAAGUGGUUGCUUUACUCUAAGAAUGUGGACAAGGUAUAUUGUUUUUGCUGCAAGUUGUUCAAAUCAAAUUGUAGCAAGUCUUUAUUGGCAUCUGAUGGACUGAGGGAUUGGAAGCGUCUUAGUCAGAGGCUGAAAGAACAUGAGAGCAGUGUUGAGCAUCUAAAAAGUAUGAGUACAUGGAAUGAACUUAGGUUGAGGCUGAACAAAAAUGAAACAAUUGAUGAUGAUUUGCAACGGGAAGUGGCAAAGGAAAAAGAGCGAACAAAUGAGAAGAUUUAUCAAGAUAAUAACGGUAAUUUUCUAGGCACAAUUGAAAUGAUUGCUGAAUUUGAUGUUGUUAUGCAAGAACACAUUAGACGGAUUCAGAAUAAUGAAAUUCAUCAUCAUUAUCUUGGCCAUAAUAUUCAGAAUGAAAUAAUUUCUCUUAUUGCUGAUUCCAUAAUUGAAUUGAAUGUUGAUGAUGUGAGAGGUCAAGGCUAUGACAAUGGUUCUAAUAUGAAGGGAAAACACCAGGGUGUUCAGAAGCGUUUGCUUGAGAUUAAUCCAAGAGCAUUAUAUAUGACAUGUGCUUGUCAUAGUCUAAACCUCACUCUUUGUCAAAAACUGCAAUCUAAGAUUGUGUGCAUGGAUGCUACAAUUCACCAAAUAGAAGGUGUCAUUUCAUAUUUCAAGAGGUAUAGAGACGAAGGCUUUACUUUUUCUCAUGAUAACUCUUCUGAUGUUGAUCUCAAUGACUUUAUCAGUGAAUUACAAGUGCUGCAAGUAAUUUUACCAGAUGAUUUGAUGUCAGCACCUGAGAUUUUUCAGUUCAUUACUAUUGAAGAUUGUUAUCCAAAUGUUUCUAUUGCAUAUCGAAUUUUAUUGACCAUACCUGUGACUGUAGCCUCAGCUGAAAGGAGUUUCUCAAAGCUGAAAUUGCUCAAAAAUUAUUUGAGGUCAACUAUGUCGCAAGAUAGAUUGAAUGGCUUAGCUACAUGUUCUAUUGAGAAGGGUAUAUUGGAGAAUGUUGAUCUCAACAUCGUCCUUGCUGAUUUUGCUUCAAGAAAUGCUCGACGGAGUUUUUUGUUAUGA